CCCAAACACCCUUAAUGUGUCCCUAGCUACCACUUUCAUUUGCUUCCCAAAACCACCUUUUCAAAUACUUGAGGCUUAUCCAAGAAAAGCUGAAAGAUCAACACUGAUUGGACUCAUAAUAGGAUUUGAAUAUAUGAAUCGAAUCAUUAUGACGAACAACUAAUAAGGUUCCCUUCACUUAUUCACAAAUCUGAAGAUAAGGGAAUCAAAGAUUCCACUGAAAUAGUAGCAAUGCGCGGAUUGGUGCUUUGGUCAAGAACACCACCUCUGCCACGCUACAAAGACGCGACGCAAAGGCGAAGAAGAAGAAGCUAAACGACGCCGCGUCAUGGAAGACGAAAUGUACGGCGUGGCCACGACGGCGGAGUACUCGGAAAAGGCGCUGAUGACGCCGGAGAACAUAUUUCCGGCCGAGUAUCACAGCUUCCUAAUGUCCUCCGGCGGCCGGAUUCCGAUGUUCGGAUCCGACGAGUUUCUCUCCGCCGCCGUGGCCGAACCCUACCCGAGCGUCGCCGCGCCGGAAAUUCAGCGCCAGCACGACGCCUCGUCUCUCAUCAAAGCCAGAAUCGCUUCGCACCCUCACUACCCUCGCCUCCUCGAAGCCUACAUCGAUUGCCAGAAGGUGGGAGCGCCUCCAGAAAUGGCGUGUUUGUUAGAGGAAAUCCGAUUAGAAAACGACGUUUGCAAGAUGGACGUUGUUUCCACGUGCGUUGGAGCCGAUCCCGAACUCGACGAGUUCAUGGAAACCUACUGUGACAUGCUGGUGAAAUACAAAUCUGAUCUGACGCGGCCUUUUGACGAAGCCACCACCUUCCUCAGCAAGAUCGAAACGCAGCUUAGCGAUCUCUGCACUGGUUCUUCACUUCCAACCCUUUCUGAUGAUGGAGGUGUAUCUUCAGAAGAAGGUUUAAGUGCUGGAGAUGGUGAUGCACAAGAUCAAUUACGGGGUGAAGAUCGAGAGCUUAAGGAUAGGCUUUUACGUAAGUUUGGAAGUCACAUUGGUUCUUUGAAAAUGGAAUUUUCAAAGAAGAAAAAGAGGGGUAAGCUGCCGAAAGACGCUAGGCAGACACUACUACAGUGGUGGAAUAUUCACUACAAAUGGCCUUACCCUACGGAAGGUGAUAAGAUUGCACUAGCUAAAUCAACCGGGUUAGACCAGAAACAAAUUAACAAUUGGUUUAUUAAUCAAAGAAAGCGUCACUGGAAACCAUCUGAGAAUAUGCCGUUUUCUAUGGUGGAUGGUCUGACUGGUCGGUUCCUUACUGAUGAAUGAGGUGUGUGCAUGUGCAUGGCUCACGAUCUCAAAUGUAUAUCCUGAUUAAUUAUUUUCUUCUGUAAAUUCUGAAAGCAGAAGGGGUUGACAAUGAAAUAUUGCUUACUUCCCUGCAAAAAUUGGGGAACGAUAGUGUAAUUUAUUCGCUUCACUUGUAUUCUU